CAGAAGCGAGCGUAAUUUGAAUGUAUUGUUACGUGGUGAUCGGAACACCUUAGAGGACAUAACAGGAGAGUUCGGAAGCUAAGAAGGAACUCUAUCGCUGUGGAGUAUUCAUUGUCAUCAACUCCUGGAACCGAAACCCAUAAGAAUUGGUAUCAGUACGCCUUCAGUUGAAUCAUUGAAGAAGGGUUUGGACAAGCCCAGAAAUUUACUAAUAAAAGGAUUAACAUAGGCUUCAGACCUAUUCUCGAUCGAAAAUUCCGAAUCCGAAUCUGAAUAUAUGAAAGCUGGUGUUUUGCCAUAUAUUAUUAUAACUGGAUAAAUUUCAUCGGAGAAUCGAAUUAUUCAACAAAUGCCUGAUCAAUGCUGUCUACAAUGGGUUGAAGUAAACACCCCGACUGAUGGUCCUACCCUACAAAAUCAUGCUGGCGCUAUUUGUCAAGAUGUUCUAUACAUUCACGGUGGUGUAACUUCGAAUAAUGCACUGUGUAAAAAACCAAGCAGUUGUCUUUAUAAAAUCCAGUUAUAUCCUGAAGUUGGCAGUUGGUUAGACAUUACCACGGCAGAUUCACCUCAGCUUAGUCAACACACAUGUUUAACUUUCAAGGAUCGGUAUUUAAUAUUUAUUGGUGGAUGGAAUGGACGUAUCCGAAUCCCUGGUGUACAUACAUUUGACACACUGUCGAACAGUUGGUUACCACCUGCUCUGAAUGAACCUUUACUGACUGGAUUUCCUCAAGGGGCUGGUUUAUCCGCCCACUCAGCACAAGUGAUCCGUUCAUCAGUGGAUAAAAAUGAAUUUUCAGCAAUUAUUAUUGGCCGAGAAGGUUCAUUAAGAAUACAAAGGAAAGCUGGUAAUAUUUAUUUACUUUAUGGUUACCUGUUAGAUGAAGACCUGCCUACAAGACGAAUGAAAUUUGUCUACUGCGAAGCAGAUUCAAGUUUAACUGCCUCAUCAAGAAGUUAUCAUACAUCUACAGCUAUCUCACCGACUACCCUUGUGACUAUUGGUGGUUGUAAAUCAAAUUCAAUCGAUAUAUUAAAAUGGAAAGUGGAAAAAGGCCGAAAAAAGGACCACCUCUUCUCCUUAAAUUGGCCUGGUUCGCUUGAUUAUCCUUUAACCUUGUGUACAAUUGUGACAGAAUUUAUUCAAGAUAUUGAAAAGCAAAACGUUAAACUAACUCCACUUGCGCCAUCUAAUCAAAAUGGAUGGCGUGGUCAUUGUAUAGUCCCGGGUGUCGGUGGUCUGUUCAUCGGUACAGGCGAGGGUUAUAAUGCUUUGAAAAAUGAACCGUUAAAUUCAGCCUACCUAUUAAAAUAUGGCGAAAAUGGUAGUAAACCGAUCAUUUAUGAAAUCGGUACAAUCAAUGAGUCAAGAGCAUAUGCUGUUUGUGAUGUAUGCCGUAGCGAUGGUACAGCCUGGUUACACGGUGGUCUUGGCCCACAAGGCAGAACAAUGAAUACACUGAUGAAAUUGAUAAGGAUGAACUAA